AUGGCGCCCAAGUCAAUAUUCCGUCAGCCAGGCGCAAAACAUUUCCAGCUUGUGCACAGAUCACAGCGGGACCCUCUCAUUCAUGAUCCUGAUGCUGCGCUUCAUGUUUUGAAGCCUGUCGUACGUGAAAACGACAAAAAGGGAAAGUCUAGAGCCGAGCUCGAGGCUCUUUUGUCUAUAGACGAUGCUCUUCCUGAAUCAAACACGAAGCCAGGGGACGCCGCGCUCUAUGGAAUCUACUACGAUGACACAGAAUACGACUACAUGCAACAUCUCCGAGAAGUUGGCGUACAAGAGGACGGUGUCGAUAGCAUCCUCAUUGAGGCACCUUCUUCUUCCAAAAAAUCUGGAAAACAAAAGAAACUCAGUGACGGAGCUGGUCUUUCUCUUAGAGAUUUGCCAGAAGGCGUUUUACCGUCCAAGUCUGAGCUACCUAGAACUUUUGAAUCCCAACAAGCCAUUCCCGACAGUAUAUCCGGCUUCCAGCCUGAUAUGGAUCCCCACUUACGCCAAGUUCUUGAGGCCUUGGAAGAUGACGCAUUUAUAGACGAUAACCUCGAAGAUGACUUCUUUGGACAGCUGGUGACAGAUGGCGAACGAGACGGUGACAAAGAAGUCAAUUAUCCCUUCUUCGAGGAUGGCGCUGUUGAAGGCUCGGAGGAGCAAGAGUCUUCCGGUUCCGGUCUUGGAUCUGGGAACGAAGAAGAUGAGGGCUGGGAGGCACGCUUCGCUCGAUUUAAAAAGUCACAGCAGAAUUCAUCGGUCGGCAAUAGCGACGAUGGGGAGGACGAAUCGGAUGGUGGAGACACCAUCGCCGGCCUUCCAACAAUAACUGUUAUUGGGGGCAAGAAGAGGCGGAAAGGUGGCAGCGAUGCUUCUGGGUACAGCAUGAGCAGCUCCAGCAUGUAUCGAAACGAAGCAUUACAAACUCUUGACGAGAGAUUUGAUCAGGUAAUGCUUAAACAGUACAGUGAAGACGAUGACGACCACGCGUCAAUGCCUGAUGAUUCCGAUUCUGAUGAGGCUCCGGAACUCAUCACGGCUCGCGAUGACUUUUCAUCUAUGAUGGACGAGUUUCUCAAUGACUACGAAAUACUGGGCAGGAAGAUGAGGCCCAAACUUGAAGGCGAUAGUGGGGCGGAGAAGCUGGAGACGUUGCGGAGAGCUAUGGGACAGGAUCAGCGCGUCAAGGAAUCCUAUAGUGAUGAUGAUGAUACCCUCGAGGAGGAUCUUUUCUUAGAGCUUGAGGAGAACAAGAAAGAUCGAUGGGAUUGCGAAACUAUACUCACAACCUACACCAACCUUGAAAACCAUCCACGUCUUAUCCGAGCUCGCGACACCAGGCUAACUCCAAAGAUAACGCUGGAUCCGAAAACCGGACUACCUUCCAUUGUCGAACCUAAGCGGGCCAAACUUCGAGCUCAAAGCCCCGAGCCCGAUUUGAAAAGAAUUCCUCGUCAAGCAACAGUUACACGACCGCGGAAUGAAUCGCCCGAGUCAAAAAAGGCUCGUAAAGCAGCAGUUAAGGCCAACCGCUCUGUGAGGCGUGCAGAAAAGAAGGCUACCAAGGAAGAGUUCGGCAGCGAGUUCAAAGCACAGGUAAAGAGUGUCACUACCGCCGGCGAAAAAGCCACGAGAAAACUAUGA